GGCUAGGGUCCAAUCGGAGCUGUACCCACCGGCCUACACCAGAGCCACAGCAACUCGGGAUCCGAGCCACGUCUGCAACCUACGCCACAGCUCAUGGCAAUGCCGGAUCAUUAACCCACUGAGCAAGGCAGGGACCGAACCCGCAACCUCAUGGUUCCUAGUCGGAUUCGUUAACCACUGUGCCACGACGGGAACUCCCGUCUCCAAGAUUCUUGAAGGAUAGUUUGCUGAACAUAGAAUUCUUCAUUGACAAGUUCGUUUGGGUUUUUUCAGGACUUUAAAUAUGUCAUUCAACUGCCUUUUGACCUGAGUUGUGAAUGAUGAGAAAUUGUCUGUUUAUCUGAUUGAGAAUUUUGUCUUUGGGUUUGGACAGUUUGCUUAUAAUGUCGAUCUCCGAGUUUGUCCUGCUUGGAGUUUGUUGAGCUUCCUGGUUGUGUAUAUUCAUGUCUUGCAUAGAGUUUGGAAAGUUUUUAGACACUAUUUCUUCGCAUAUUUUGUCAGCCCCCACCCCCUUCAGUUUAUGAAACACAUGUAGUAUGACUUAUGCUGUCUCACAGGCUCCUUAGGCACUGGUCACUUUUACUUAUGUUUCUCUCUGCUUCUCAGACUGGAUCACUUCAGUUACCUCAUCUUUAAGUUUGCUGAUCCUUUCUUCUGCCUGCUUAAGUAUGCUGUUGAAACCCUCUACUGAGUUUCUCAUUUAAAUUAUUGUGCUUUUCAACUCCAGAGUAUCUGUUUGGUUCUUAUCAUAAUUUCUAUCUCUUUAUUAAUAUUCUCAUUCUGUUUACACAUUACUUGCUGGUUUCCUUUAGCUUUUUGAGUAUAUUUAAGAUCAUUGGUUUAACAUCUUCGACUAGUAAUUCCAGGGUCUGGAUUUCCUCAUUGGUUGUUUCUGUGGAAUUCUUUUUAUCAUAUGAAUGGGCUAUACCUUCCUAUUUCUUUGUAUGCUUUCUGCUUUUCUGAUUGAGAAUGAGACAUUCAGAGUAUUUUUUUCUUUUUAAGGCCACACCUAUAGCAUAUGGAAGUUCCCAGGGGUCGAAUCAGAGCUGCAGCUGUGGUCUACACCACAGCCACAGUAACACCAGAUCUGAGCUGCACCUGUGACCUGUGCUGCAGCUCGCAACUAAUGCCGAAUCCUUAACCGACUGAGCAAGGCCAGGGAUCGAAUACACAUACUCACGGACGCUAUGUCAGGUUCUUAAUCCACUGAGCCACAGUGGGAACUCCCAUCCUGAGUACUUUAAUGUGGUGACUUUGGACUCAGAUACUCCCACUCAUCAAGGAUGGCUCAUUUCUGCUUAAUUAGGUCUAGAGCAUCCAUUUUUAACUUUUCUGUACUAUUUUUGCUAUGUGUAUGUUCCUUGUGUGUGGUCACUGAUAUUUCUGUUCCAUUAUCUGUGGUCAGAUAGUGACCUGACAAAGCUUUUCUCAAAUGUUCAGCUCCAAAAAGGGAAAGAAAACCCAAGGUAUUCCUAUCCUUUUCAUUUCUGGUAGGUGCUAGCAGAGGAAGCUUGAACCCUGAGAGAGCUGAGGUCUGAUUCCUCAGGGAUCUACCAACUUACCAAAACACUCAAGCCCAACUUUUUGAGGACAGAAUUUCUACUGCCAGCCAGACCCUUGGAGCACAGGUCACUGCAGAGCCGCAGCAGCCUGAGGGGUGGGUGGUGGUUGCUGGCUUGUGCGUGUCAUUCUGUGCCAGACCGCACUCUCCUGACUGUGGUGUCCGGUCAGGUUCCAGAGUUCAGAACUACCUGUUUCUGAUCUUUUUUUUUCUAGUUUACUGGUUAUUUUAGUCGAGGGAGCGACCCCUAGAACUUCCAGUUCCACCAUUUUGUGUAAUGUCUCAAGAUUCAGUUUUUUAUACAUGGAUAAUAUCUAAUUGUUCCCACACCACUAACUGAUAGAACAAUCGUUUGCCCCACCGAAUUCCAGUAAUGCUUUUGUUCCAAAUCCAGUAACCAUACAUGUAUAUAUUUUAAGAGCCUGUCUGUUGUCUGUCUUCACCCACCAGAAUGAAAGCUUCAUAAAGAAGGGAUUUUCAUCUGUUUUGUUCAGUGUUACAUCAUGGCACCUAGAAUAGUAUCUGGCAAAUGGCAAGCACUCAGUUAAAAAAAAAAAAAAAAUGGCAGGAAUUAAAUGUAUUUGUCAUGUUUAUGAUAUUAGACACAAUACUGCAGUGAAUUUUAUGCCUAACAUCUUGGGCACACAUCCUAUUAGACUUGGGGUAAAAUUGCCAAGUUUGAGGAUUAGCUCAAACUUUAAGACAAUCCAGUUACUCCAAAAUAGUGACGUUACAUUUGCAGUCCUCCCAGCACAGUGCAAGAGUUUCUGGUGCCCCACGAAAGCUCCAACAUUUAGUGUCACACGACUUUUCCAGUUUUGCUAAUCUGAAGGGUGUGGGUGCUACUUCAUUUUAUUUUACUUUGCAUUAAAAUCAGUAAAUUAAAAGAUUGAUCAUCUUUUCAUAUUUGUUAGCCAUUUAUCUGUGACUUGCCUGUUCAUAUUCUUAGGACCCAGGUUGUGCGCGUGUUCUCUCAUUCACAUAUCAGAACCAUUUGCUGUUUCUGUACAUUAAUUCUUUGUCAGUGAUUGGCAUGGAACCCCGAGGCGGGUUUUUUCCUUUCAUUUUGAAAUAAGAUUUACAGGAUGUUGCAGAGUCCAGAGGAGGCCUGUGUGCCCUUCACUCAUGUCUUAGCCAUAGUAUGAUACCAAAUUCAGGAGAUUGGUACUAGUUCAGUGCGUGUGUAUAGUUCUGUGUCAUUUUGUCCUGUGUGUAGAUUCGCAGGAGCAUCACUGGAAUCAGGAUACAAAGGCUCUUCCGUCGCGGCAGAGGCCUUGGUCCCGCUGCUCAUUUAGAGCCACACCCACCCCACUUCACCCUGUACCACCCCAGCCCCUGUGCUCACUACUCCACUCCCUCUCUAUAAUUACGUCAUCUUGUGUAAAAGGCAUUAUACAGCAUGUGACCUUUUUCACUCAGCGUAAUACCCUUAAUAGCCACCCAAAUUGUUUUGUGUCUCUGUAGUUUGUUCCGUUUUACUGCUGAGUAGUAGCCCAUGGUAUAGAUGCACCACGGUUUGUUUACUCCCUGAAAGGAGUAAGCCGGGGCCCCUGCCCGCGGGAGAAGCCUAUGUGGGUGCUCGUGGGUUGCUGUUAUAGCCAAGGGACAGCAGGAACUUCAGAAGAGACAGGAAGAGGAUAGAUGCUUCUCGGCCAUUGUCCUUGAAGGAAAACUGUGUAGCUGUGGAAGGAAUGGGAGGGGAAGCUGUCUUCCAGGUUUUCAACCCCUUGGGCAGCACGACAGAAUCAGGAGGAGGAGUGUGGAGGGAAGCCCCUGACCUCCUUGCACGUUCUCCUUACAGACUCAUGGAGAGAUUUCUCAUGGACGGAUUUCAGCCGCAGCAGCUGUCCACGUAUGCCCUCACCCUGUACAAGCACAGGGCCACAGUCGACGGCAAGACCGUCCUCGUGGACUUUUGGGACACAGCAGGCCAGGAGCGGUUCCAAAGCAUGCACGCCUCCUACUACCACAAGGCCCACGCCUGCAUCAUGGUGUUUGAUGUGCAGAGGAAAAUCACCUACAAGAACCUGGGCACCUGGUAUACAGAGCUUCGGACGUUCAGGCCAGAGAUUCCGUGCAUCGUGGUGGCUAAUAAAAUCGAUGCAGACAUAAAGAUGACCCAAAAAAGCUUCAAUUUUGCCAGAAAGUUCUCCCUGCCCCUGUACUUUGUCUCAGCUGCUGAUGGUACGAACGUCGUGAAGCUCUUCAAUGAUGCGAUUCGAUUAGCUGUGUCUUACAAACAGAACUCCCGGGACUUCAUGGAUGAAGUUUUGCAGGAGCUUGAGAACUUCGACUUGGAGCAGAAGGAGGAGGAUGCACUGGACCAGAAGGAGGAGGAUGCGCUGGACCAAGAGCAGCGUGGCACAACCAAGAGCCCGUCUCCCUCCUGAGUCACAGAAGGAGCGCUCUCCAUGGCUGACCAGGGGGAGGGAGGGUGUGCAGAACUCCUCUGCCGUCAGCAGUCCUUCACCUCUCAGUCGAGAAAACUCCCAGGCCCUGCUCUGCUUCCUCUAAACCCACCCAUCCUGUUCGCCUCCCCACUUCCAUGACCCGUCCGCAGUACUUCCCUCCCCUGCAGGCAGAGGCAGGGAUGGGGUCAGCACCAGCAGCCCCAUCCGCAGGUACAGGAGUCCACACCAGCCCCUGAGCCAGAAUUAGGGGUAGAGUAGCAUCAUAACCCUCCCCCGCGUUCUGUGGGACAGUGAAGAGAAUCAGGGAACAUUCUGUGUGUGUGGCUCUAAAAUAAAGGGAAAUUUAUGUUGGUUUUUUUUUUUUUUUUACUUUAUUUUUUUUUAUUUUUAUUUUUUUUUUAAUUUUCCCACUGUACAGCAAGGGGGUCAGGUUAUCCUUAGAUGUAUACAUUGCAGUUACAGUUUUUUCCCCCACCCUUUCUUCUGUUGUGACAUGAGUAUCUAGACAUAGUUCUCAAUGCUAUUCAGCAGGAUCUCCUUGUAAAUCUAUUCUAGGUUGUGUCUGAUAAGCCCAAGCUCCUGAUCCCUCCCACUCCCUCCCCCUCCCAUCAGGCAACCACAAGUCUCUUCUCCAAGUCCAUGAUUUUCUUUUCUGAGGAGAUGUUCAUUUGUUGGGUUUUUUUUUUUUUUACCUUCCCAGAACUGACCUCAGGGCCUCUUCAUUGCUUUUCUUUUCCUCUUUAGUCUCUCAACUAAAUCAGCCAUUUGAAGAAGGGCUCUUGGGGAGCUCUUCUAGGUGUGGCCAGUACCUUGGUGAACAGCAGGGCCAAGAUCACAGUCCCAAGUUUGCUGUUAAAAUCAAGUGAACACUGGUGACAGGUCUGGCUGUUCUUGGUGAUAAACAAACAUUGCUGUAGACAUCGAGGGUUAGUCCACAAGCCACAUCCAUUUGCGUUAUAAGAAACUGACUUUAAGAAAGCUUCCUUUAAAACCCUUAUUUCACUGUAUGAGACUUUCCUUUUUUUUUUUUUUUUGAGGACUUAGUGUGGACGUUGUACCUCCUUGGGAGGCAAGGGCAGCCAAGAACUCCUGCUGCCUUUUCCACUUAUCUCCAAGACUGGUGGUUCACCAGGAUGUUUUAUGAUCAUCUUGUGCAUCAUUUCCAUUGUUUUUAUUUAUUUUUCUAUUUAUAGUAAAGCUUGAAUUACAUCAACA